AUGUCGACGGUUAAUCUAGUGAAGUGUAUUAACUGCAAUUUAGUUGUGAACGAGACGCUGUGUUUUAUCCAAAACAAACACAUGAUUAUGGAAAGCGACAGUUUAGUGAAAAUCUGCUCUUCAGCUUUCAGUGUAGAAGACAUCGAGAAGGCUAAAUCUUUGCUUUUUCACUCUAUUUCGACAGACCUGCGCAACAUAAAACGCAAGGCCAAGAGCAAGGAGGGGAAAAGUAGCAAGGAUUUGUUUGACAUCAUCAAUGUUUUCAAAGUAACGGACAGUGAAAAGUUACCCGUGUUCGUGGCCUGUGACCUAAACAAGCUUCCUCCGAUAACAUGGGAUCACCUGGACGUAUCAAGACUUCUUAAGGACAUCACGGUUCUUAAACAUGACUUGGAAAGCAUAAAGGAUACGUAUGCUACCAAAAUACUCGUACAGCAGAUGAAACAAGAGUUAUUGUGUAACAGAAACGACACCGUGGUAAACGAUAGUCACCAAGAAGUGGAUUUUAACUUUUCGCAGAUAUCCAAUAUAAAUAACCGUCGUGGUGCGCAUAACGUACAUUUAAAUUUGAAUAGCGGACCGAUAGGCCUACCGCCGCACUUGUCAUUUCGGUCGGUUACAGAUAACGACGAGGUGAGUCACCGAGCGGGCGAUUCCGGUUGCGACGAGUUGCCGUCUCGCUCUCGCGUACGUACAAGCUCCGUAGUAUCUACUUCAUCGGCCGACGGGCUCUGUGAGCAGCGCGCAGCCAAUACGGCGCUUUCUGCAUCGGCAGCGCAUGUGCAGUCGAAUAACGCUCCGGAUCAUGCUACUGUCGCGAGUCACUUAGGUCGAGAAUCCAACGGGGAGCUACCGAGUCGAGUCGAGCCGAGUAGGGAAUCAUCGGUAAACAACGUUUCUCAGGCGCAGGAUAAGUCUUUUGCAGAUGUAGUUCAAGCCCCAGGGGAGUGGAAGCGAGAGGAAACGAACUCUGAGUGGGUUACUGUGCAGAACAAGCGUUACAAGAACCGGUUUAUUGGCGAUAAGGGAACGGCAACAACAAACACUAAUUGCAAGUUUAGAGCAGCUGAGUCGAGGAUUCCAUUGUUUAUAAACAAUGUCGACAGGAGUACGUCGCCGGAGGAUAUUGUCGAUUACAUACGGGAAAAAACGAACAUAAAAGUCACACUUGUAAAAUUAGCUAUGAAGCAAGAUAAGGAGUAUGAUGCCUACAAGAUGCAAGGGCAAGUGUCGCCGGUGGGGCAGGGACACCCAUGA